UGGUUACCGACCAAGGAUCCCACCGUUCAAUACGAUGAUGCAGCUGUACACGCACGUCAAGCCAAAUAGGGAGAGGGCGAUGCAUUACUUUAACCUGAUGCAACGCCUCGGUCUCAUGCUCGAUGUGUACGGCAAGAUCGAACCUGUCGACAUUCCACGAAUGGAAGAAAUCAUACAAUCGAUGAAGAACCGACGAAUGGACGUCACUGGUAACCAUUACUCGUCAUUGAUCACCGCCAAGGGAUGCGCCAUGCAUGACUUGGACGCCGCCAGUGCCCCUCUUCCAGACGUCUUGGCUUAUGAGGCUCUCUUAUCGGUUGUCGUCACCCAUCACCGUAUCGACCUCAUGCAGAGCUACUUUGACACCAUGCUCAGCGUCGACCGCGUUCGCCCAACUGCCUACAUCUACAACCUCCUCAUCAAAGGAUACGCUGCGGGUGGCCAAAUCGACAGGGCAAGAGCAAUCUUUGAGCAGAUGAAGGACCCUCAAGCCGGUGCCGCCGCUCCCAACAACCACCUUCCGCAUGCCUACAUGGGCAAUGACACUCGUCCACCUGCAAUUCGUGAGAUGAACGGACGAGUCGAUGGUCACGUAGAGGAUCCAGUUUACCGAGAGCCAUCAUCUUGGGAGGCUAUGGUCAGGGCUGAGCUAAGCGUCGGCGACCGCGAGCGAGCUGGUGCCUUGUUAGAAAGGAUGAGAGCCAGGUUCUAUCCCGCCGCUGUCACCGCAAAAAUCGAGGGCAUCCUAUGGGAACCCAAUGGCACCCAAAAGUCACCAACGGACAGUGCUUAA